AUGAAAAAAAAUAAUCAAAGAAUUCAAGAUUUCAUGAGAACAUCUAAAUUUUGCAAUUUUCUGGGUAUUAUGUAUGGAAAAUGUAUUAUAAAAAAUGUAAAUAAUAUAGAAAAAGAUAUAUGUGUAUCAGAAUUCCAAAAAUUCAAAAACUGCUUAGAAAAAAUAGUUUAAUCAGAAUAAUUUUAUUUAAUACUAAUAUAUUACA